AUGACAGUAUACAACGAUCGUCCUGAAGGCAUUGCGCUAGGUGUCUAUACAGAGCCCUUCCCAAUUGUCUUGAAGCUACAUAAGCUUGCCGAAGUCGAGGAAGCGGUCACCUUGCAGGCUGUCUUCGAUGAUGAGCAUGCACACCUAGAGGGCCUCUUGGAUACACUACAGAACUCGCGCGAGGUUAGGAACACUAUGAAGAAAUUUGUAGACUUGCGCUACUACGCCGUGGUACGAGGUAAAAAUACUGGUAUCUAUCUUAGAUGGGACGGCCGUGAUGAAGCAGAGGAGCAGAUCCUGGGCUUCCAUUGGCGGAAUCAUAAAUCAUUCUUGGUCCUCGCUGAUGCUCUCGUGUACUAUAUGUGCAAAGGACCUCAUCCAGAGCCAGUGAAGCCGGCAUUAUCGAGUCAGAGAUCGACUGGGCAGAGUACAGCACAGGCGCCGAUGCAAGUUGUGACACCUCGCUCUUCUGCAGCUGCUCAACCGUCGACGGGUCAUUUGGGAGUCAACAUACCCGUAUCCAUGAUGGCAGGCUUAAGGCUGGGCAAGAAUAACCAAGGCACCCCUGCUUUACCUUUGACCCCACCUCGCAGCCCAUUGGUCACUGUCCCCUCCACUCCUGUAAGUCCUUCUCCGGCAUUCCGGUAUGCUGUUAUGCACUCUCCGAUCUCUGUUGCUGUCUCGACAUCCUAUCAUGGCACUUCAACUAGUUCUUCUCGCGUGUCUGUACCUGUGACCAUCCGUUAUAGGCAUGAGCGAUCACUCACUGGAAUAGUCGGAACCAUUUACGAGAGGCGCGCUGACGUACCCCUCAACACCGAGCUUGGUUAUCUCGCAGAUCGAUACCUUCACACCCACGGAUAUGGUGGCAAUGUCGAGGCCAUGCUGGCUAUCAAUCAGGCUUACCUGACCAGCCAAUCGCUCGAGCAGUUCGUCAACUAUCUGGUUGUGAGAGGUAUGGUAGUUGAUGAGGUAGAGUUCCUAUGGGAGGCUGCAACGACUUAUAAUCCGCACUCUCGCAUACAUUCCCCUAUCUCGUGA